CAACAUACUCUCAAGGCAGUUCCUUUUGUAGAAGACCUAUGCUCUUGUUCCUAACUCUAGAUGACAGUCCUAUUCCAGCAAGACAGGGUGCAUCUGUAAAGCCAUAGUAACUUCGUGUUGAAAUAGCAGCUUGUGAGAGUGGAGUGUUCAUUGGAGACGCCUGAUGGUCGGUUCUGAGCAGCCAGCAGCGGCGCUAUGGAGUGGGCCACGGACCAUGUACACCUGAGAUGGGAUACAGAACAGCAUGGAGCAGAGGGGGAUGUCCACGUCAAACACAGCAGGACAGCCUCGCUGAGCCACCAAGAGUGUCAUCUGUAUCCACAGCAAUCUCAGCAGCAGCAAAUACCUAUGGUGGCUUUCCAGGCGGAACUGAGACAGGCAUUCCGGGGUGAGACACCAAGAGGUGCUUAA